AUGGAUGAAAAGAUGAUAAAGCCGAUGCCAUCUUUUCAUAAAGAAUCUCCCAACAUGGAACUAAAACUUCUUAUUAAAUCGGGCUCUGUAGCAAAUCCAGCGAAAUGGCUUACCUUGCCAUUAGCUAGUUUUCUGGAAUUUAUCAAUGCUUUACAUGAAGAAGUUAAAUCUCUGCUUGGUUACGAAAACAUAAAGAAGAAACAUUAUACAGUUGCAUAUAAAGAAUCAACCGCUAGGAAAUCUCUAAUGGUUUUAGUUUCAUUAACUAAACAUAAUAAUAAAAAAGGAAACAAUAGAGAAUGGAAGAGAAAAAAGAAGGCUGUGUCAAAAGGGAGUGAAUCUUCUUCUUCGACAUCGACAAGCGAUAUACCCACAAUGCCAAAAAAGAAGGCGAAAAUGCCUAAGGUUAAAGAUCUCAACGAAAACGAAAUACGCAUUGCUGAAACAAUAAAUGUGUUACGUAACCGAUAUCACUGUACACAGCAUGAUCGAUCAUGUCUGGUACAAAAUCAUCAUCAUCUCAGACUAACACCCUCGCAUCUCAAACUUUGGGCUCACGACACCCUGCAUGGAGGAUCUAUUGAAAGUCCGCCGACGUUACCACUAUUUGGUAUGAACUCUAGCAAAGAAUUAUCUGCGCCAAGGCCCAUUCAACAGUCGUAUCUACCUCCACCACCUCAUUAUUACACAUAUGCACCAUCUUAUCCACCAUCUUCACCGUCAUCUCUGUCGUUAUCACACUCAACGGUUUUGUCACCGCAGAAGAAGAUACUAAUACCAUCAAUAAAAGAAUUUUUAAGCGAACUCGAUGAAAUUCAUGGUGAAGGCACUUACACACGAUUUGAGGAUUCCUUCGUGGAACAGGAAGUGUUAGUUCAGUUUAUUUCUGAACUUACUGAUACAAAAUUUGAAAAAUUAGGCGUAGAAAAAAUCGGAUGGCGUAAAGUCCUGAAACGGGCUGCUUUAAAAUAUGCCUAG